GGUCAGCAUGAUGAAUCCCAUGGUGUAUGUCCGGAACCAGCCUGAAGCACCGGUAGCGCCGGCAGGGGAGUUACCCAAACAACCGAGCAUGAUGGGAUUCCCUUUCCAGCAAGGUAUAUCAUCAAUGCCUGGAAUGCCACCGAUGCCCCCAAAUAUGCAGGGUAUGCAGUUAACACCCAUGUUCUUUCCCUCACAAAUGUCCACAUUUGACGGGAAGCGUAUGAGGAGGUCGGUGCAGCGGAAGACAGUAGACUACAACGCUCCAGUAUUUGAGUAUAUUGAGGAUAGGCUUUAUAAAAAGAGUCUACAUGGUUCCAAAGUUCUGCAGCCUCACAAAGCGUACUACAUUGAUAUGAUGCCCCCAAUGGGAAUGCUCGACAAUCCCAUGAACGCGGUCACUACCCGCUUUGUCAGAAUGUCCACCAACAAGUUCAAAUGCCCCAUCCAUUUAGUCAGGUGGACUACAGAAGGGCGGCGAUUAGUAACAGGAACUUCAAACGGGGAGUUCACUCUGUGGAACGGCUUAACUUUCAACUUUGAGACAAUCUUACAGUUUCUCCCUGACGGUAAGAGAAUGAUAUCAGGAGCAUCGAGCGGAGAAUUCACUCUGUGGAGCGGUAACAACUUUACUUUCGAAACUAAUAUCCAGGCGCACGACACGGCACUGCGUGUCAUGGAGUGGAACAAGAACGAAACUUGGUUAUUAACAGCCGAUCACACGGGAAAUGUCAAGUACUGGCAGUCCAACAUGAACAAUGUCAAAUCUUUUGAUGCUCACACAGAGGUCAUCAGGGACGCCAGUUUCUGUCCUACUGACAAGAAGUUCGUCACGUGCUCCGACGACAGUUUAGUGAAGAUCUGGGAUUUCCACUCCUGUACAGAAGAGAGAGCUAUGAGGGGUCACGGUGCGGAAGUGAAGUGCUGUGAUUGGCACCCUCAGAAGGGGCUGAUCGUGUCAGGGAGCAAGGAUACUCAGCAACCUAUUAAACUGUGGGAUCCUAGAGUCGGACAAUCUCUCACUACAUUGCAUUUGCACAAGGCCACAGUAACUCGAGCUAAGUGGAACAGGAAUGGUAACUGGCUCCUCACUUCCUCUCGGGACCAUCUGUUAAAGAUAUUUGACAUUCGAGCGAUGAAGGAAAUGCAAGUAUUCAGAGGACACAAGAAGGAAGUUAUGUCCAUAUCCUGGCAUCCAAUACACGAGGGCUUGUUUGCUAGUGGUGGUGCUGAUGGGAGUAUUCUCUUCUGGAUUGUCGGGACGGAUAGAGAAGUUGGAGGGAUGGACACAGCACACGAGGGGAUGGUAUUGUCACUGGACUGGCACCCUCUGGGACACAUUCUAGCUAGUGGCAGUAACGAUCACACUGCUAAAUUCUGGACCAGAAACAGACCAGGAGAUCUGAUGCAGGAUAAAUACAAUUUGAACACGAACCCUAACGAGGGACUGUACGAUCAAACUGAGCUUCAGGACCUUGCUAUUGAGGAUCCUCAUGGAUUACAAAUGGACCAGGAACCAGUUAUAUUGGACUCUAAAGUAAUACCGGGUAUGGGUGAGACGCAGAACCUACAGGUGGAUGAUAAUGUCAUCAAUACUCUCGCUCCUUCUAAGGUGAUCAGUAAGAGUAACGAGAAGACGAGCAGCAAGUCCCUGCACCAGAUCCUGCCCAUGAUAAGAACAGAGGUGGUUCCUGGACUACAGAUCAGUACUGAGAAGAUGAAGGGAGAACUCGAGAUAGCUGCCACAGUGCAAAAUCAGCGAAACCAGAACCAACAAAACCAACAGAACCAACAACAAAACCAGAAUCAACAACAAGGUCAAACCCAGACCCAACAGCAGCAGCAACAACAGAACACAGCCAAUCUAACCAGCUUCAAUGCUAACGACGAAUAUGGGUUCGACCAGCAAGGUACGUACGUAGAACAAGGGAACUGGAACAAUACAGGAGGCUGGGAUACCCAGAACCAGAGUAACCAAAAUACCAACAAGCAGACAACCGGCUUCAACCAGCCACCUCCUCCUGGACAAGAGCCGUCCACCUUCAACUACAACACAGCCCCCCAAAGAGGGGGAGGGCCCCCCAGAAGGACCUUCAGUAACGAGGGACAACAACAACAUGAAGGGUCUGUGUCACGUGGGAGGGGUGACGGGUCACGUGGAAGGAGAGGGUUCAGGGGCGGAGACAGGGGCAGCUUCAGAGGUAGAGGAGACGGGAGCAGACCGUAUCCAGAUCCCAGUAGUAGGGCAGAGGUUUCACUUCAAGGGGUGGAGAUAGGGGAUCUAACAGAGGGUCUGGUUUCCGUGGUAACUCCCGAGGAAGAGGAGACCGAGGAGGAGCUCGUGGUCGUGGUGGUGACCGGGGUAGGGGCCGUGGUGAUUUCAGGGGUCGUGGUCGAGGAGGCCCCCCUAGCUCUCAGUCCAGCGAUCAGUGGGCUAACUCUAAUAGGACUUGAGAGACAUGUUGAGCAGUGUGCUGUGCGCACUGAUUCCAUUGAUCUAGGAAGUGUUUUCAAGAUGACCGUUUAUUGGAGAGUCUGAAUUUUUAGUAUUUGAUAAGUUUUAAAGAGUGUGAGAGAGAGUCCAGGUGGACUACCAGUUUUUUAACUUCAGAUAAGAUGACUAGGUGAAUACCAGUGUGAUCGCCUAACAAAUUUGCAAAACCCUGAUAAAAUGUCCUCGUUGAGCUAUGACUUCCCAUUUGCUGAUGAUCGGACUCAGCUCCUUUAAAAAUUUAUUGACGAAUUCUUCUUAAAAUCAAAAGUACCCGUUAAAAUGGGUACGAAAAUCUAUUAUAAUUGAUUUGUUUGUGAAGAGUUGCUGAGUUGCAUUAGCAAUUGAUACAUCUUCAGUGUUUAUUUAUUGAACAUAUUUUUGUUUUAUCUUUUUAUUUUGUUAUUUUAUGGAUGUAACCUCAUCUGAUAAGAUGAAUGA